CUCUUUAAAUAAAGGCAAACGCUCGGUCUAGAUAUACUAUGUCUAUGGUAUUUACAGAGGAAAAGUCAGAGAAGAUAUGGGAAUGGCGGCAUGCGAGCUGUAAAGUUUGCGUUGCAUCGUUACAAUUUAGUGCGCGUAAAAAAACGAAAGUGCUCGCAUAGACUGAGAUGACAUCAAUCGUGUUAACGAUGUGAAACUUGAUUCGAAGUUUGGAAAAUAUUCUUUUGCCGUCAUAUCGCGGGUAUCCAGGAAAAAAUGUCAGGUGAAUAUAGUCGAAGCAUUUUAAAAAUAGUUGUUGCUCAGAUCUGUCAGAUGAUAGGAUGGCACUCUAUUAAUUCUACGCCUCUAGAAUUUAUGGUAGAUCUUAUGCAAGAAUAUAUGUUACGUAUCUCAAGGUUGACACAUCAAUAUGCAGAAGUUUUGGGAAGGACAGAACCAAAUCUUGAUGAUUUAGGGUUAACAUUUCAGCAUAUGAAUAUUGACAUACAGGAAUUAGCUGAGUAUGUUAAAAAUGUAGAUUCUGUUCCAUGUCCUAUACAGAUACCAAAAUAUCCAGUUCGGCGUGAAAAUCAUUUAAAUUUUUUAAAGCCGGGCAGUCGUGAAGUUGUCACUAGAUCAGUGCAUAUACAUGAACAUUUACCAGCUAUGUAUCCAGAUACUGAAGAAGAAUAUAUACCAGAUAAGAAUGAAAGUUUAAUGAAUGGUACAACAGAUCUGACAUCUAGCAGUGCGACAUCAUCAAGCAAUUCGAAUAACACAUCACCUCAUAGAAUGUCGCCGCAAGUAAUUUUCAAACGGCCAGGCGAUCCGGUAUCUUUCGAAAGCUCCAUACCGAAGCGGGCAAAAAUUUUGGAGGAAGGUAGACCAUUACGUGAAAUAAGCAGCGUUAUGAUGACCACUUCCGGUUUUUUAUCACCUGCCCGAGAAGGAAAAUUACCUGAGGCGAGAACGCCGCAUCAAGUACGAUCGGAUUCGCCACAACCGAGUUCUUAUCCGAUGGUACCACCUGAAUUGAAGUGCGAAAAGAAACCGAAGAAGAUUGUAAAGAAAGGUCCAGAGAAUCGUAAACUCGACAAGGAGAACAAGAAGAAAAAAGGCGCGAAAGAAUUGUUUAAGCCGGAUAAGAUGGAUGAGAGCAAGAUAAAAAAAUUGGUUGGAAUGAAGGAGUUGGCCAAGCUAAAGCCAUUAAAGCCGGGUGGUGGCAAAGCGCAAUCCACUAUGCUACAAGAGCUUACAGCCAGCAGACCGUCCACACCGAAGAUUGCGUCACCGAAGUCAGUCGUUGGUAGUUCGAAACCAUCAAAAGUCGCGCAGCCGAAAGUAAAGAACGAGAAGACGAUAGAUCUGAUAGAUGACUCUCCUACUAUCGAGAAAAAAGAGGAUACUAUUGAUAAAUUACCGUCAGAGCCGGAUAAACAGAAAUUAAACAUAUUCAAGAAGAUAUCGAAACCGCGUGAAGAAAAAGACAAGGACAAGGAGAUAUCGGAACCGCAUAAGCAUAAAGAUAUUCUCGAUUCGCGCGAGAACUCGCCGGAGUUAAUAAUAGAUGUCGACAAUAUGGAGAAGCAUACACAUCGUAACGACACAGAGGCGAAAGGAGGACGCGAAGAGAAAAGAACACCGCACACGCCGGAUGUGCAUGUGCAAUCGGACGCUGAUUUGGCGGACGUACAGAGUUCAGAGUCGGACGUUUAUAUAUUCGACGAUGCGGACAUCUCGCCGCCAGGUACACCUAGCACACCGAAAACUCCCGAAUUGAAUGUACCCACUGUAUCAGAGCAAAAGCGAAAGAAGAAAGAGAAAAGCGGCAAGAAGAAAGAAUCUAAAUUGAAGAGUCCAAAACAAUGUGUCAGCCCAAAGAAGACAAAGUUUCUGAAUGAUGCAGCAGAACUGGACAUACCAGAUCGGCCAAAAACACCGCAGGCACCUGAGCCGUCGUUACACAGAGAGCCACCUACUCUUCCGUCUACACUUCCGUUUCCCUUUUUCCCUACGUUUCCUUCGGCACCUGGUUUAAUACCUCAUCCAAUGUUCACGCGAUUCCCAUUGCCAUUGGGCCGAGGUGGGCCAGGGCCUCAUCCCGCAAUGCCCAAUUUACCUCUACCACCGCGCUUUCUCAAUCCAUCCAUAAAGCCCGAAGAUUUUGCAUUGCCCAAAAUUAAGCCGGUAGAACGUGAAAAGUCACUAAUUCCCUCACCAGUCGAGUUAACAUCUUCAUCGAUUCAAGGCGAGAAUGAAAAAGCAGACAAAGAGAAGGUGGAUAAUAAACUUACGAAAAUGUUUAAACCAAAUAAAGAAUUGCCUUUCAUAAAAGUACCUGAAAAGGUACCGCCUAUAGGCGUUUCACCGCCUAUAGUGUCUGCACCUGUCGCACCAAUCACGCUUGCUACACCAGUAUCCGUCGCGCAAAUACCACCAUCGAAAAAUCCUAAAACUGAAAAAACAGAGAAGAAUGAUAUGGUAAAUUCGAAGUCUAAAGAACAUAAGAAAGAAAAGAAAGAUAAGUUAAAGAAAAAGAAAGAUAAAAAAGAGAAACACAAAGAUAAAGGCGAGAAAGUGAAGGAGAAGAAGGAAAAAACUGAGAAACGCGAGAAGCUAGAAAAACUUAAAGAAAAGAAGGAGAAGAAAGAUAAAAAGAAGGAAAAAGAUUCAAAUAAGAAAAAUAUGAAGGAGGAUAAGAAUCCAGAAGCUGUACCAAAAAUAACAUUAAAAUUAGGUACAGCUUCUCCUAGACCAGCUACACCAGAUAAUGCCCCUAUGAAGAAAAUAACUAUUAAACCACUUGUGAAGAAACCUGAUGAAGAAGUCAAGCGGGAACCUAGUCCAGAAUUGGCGAAAAUAUCGGCAUUGGUAACGCGACCGCCAAAGCAGAAGUCAACAAGUAAGAAAACAGAGGAGGGAAUAUUAGAUGGAAGUCCUGCUCUUCCUACAGACUCUUUCUCUGCCAAUCUUACUAGCGUGCCACUUGCAUCAAUUCCUCGAGCAAAGAAAUCUAAUUUCCAAAGUCUAUCUCAAAGUGAGCCAAUACCUUCAUCUCAAUUUGACAAUCCUCCUAAAGUCCUGAAACCUCUAAUAUCGCCACAACAACCACCGUAUUAUUUUGAUCGAGGAGGUCGUCAAGUAUGGAUAUGUCCCGCAUGCGGCAACCAGGAUGAUGGUUCACCAAUGAUUGGCUGCGAUGAUUGUGAUGCGUGGUAUCAUUGGGUGUGUGUUGGUAUGCAGGUUCCACCAGCUGAUGAUGAAGAUUGGUACUGUCGAUUUUGUAUAGCGAAAAAACAGGAACUUCUCCAUGAUAAAAAGAAAAAAAAGCGAAAGAAAAAAGUUAAAGUAACGGCCUAGUAUAAGCCAACCGGGUCUAACUGCGUGAGACCCGGUGUUACCAUACCAUUCACUACCAAAGUUAAAGCAAAAGACAACAAAAUUGGCGUUAAAAGCGUAAAAAUGAAAAAGGUGUCCAAGAAUGAUGUUAAGAUACAAAUGAAGGGAAAAUCGAUCAUGACUAAAGGAAAGACUGCAAAGAACAUAGUGAAAGUAAAAGCUGUAAAAAAGAAAUAAAAACAAUUGUUAUAUUAUGCAGUGCAAUUUAAAUAGUGGAAGUUAUUUUCUAAACUGUAGGACAAAUGUAAAUGAUUCUAUUCUAUACUAGUUGUAUUUAAUAAUACCCUGUACUGCAUUAACUAUAUAGGGUGUUUCAAAAGUGGAGGUCAAUCGCUCGAGGUGAUUGGAGAUCCAAAAAGAAGAAAAAAAGUUGGUAUGAACAUAGGUCUGGAAAUGCAUUGUUUUCGAGUUAUCAUCAUUUUUAUAUUGAAAUUUCAAAUUGCUUUGCUUUCGAAUUUUUUUGUCAAGAUUGAAAGAAGAGAUAGUUUUUAUGAGUUUUAUAACAUAAUUAAAGCCAAAUAAAAGUUGUGGACUGUUUUAGCACUACCCAGGAUAAAAAAAAGAAAAAGAAAAUAAUAAAAAAUAUAAAUAAAUAAAUAAAAUAAAAUAAAUAAAUACAAAACCAACUCUUCUUUCAAUUUUAACAAAAAAAUUCGAAAAUAAAACUGAAAUUUCAACAUAAAAAUGGUGUUAACUCGAAAACAAUGCAGCCGAACGAGCACACGUUCCGAACGAUUGAUCUCCACUUUUGAAACACUCUGUAUAUAUUUUUAUGUUGAUAUUAUAUUCAUUAAAAAAUAAGAUAUCAACACAUACAAACGUCGUUAAGAGUAUGGAUAUUCUACAGGUUUUGUAAAGAUCUUCAGUUUUCUAUUUUGUAUACACGAUUAUGCAUUUGGUCACACAGAAUAUGUGAUUUAUUACACAGCGUGAUAAAUUUGUAGUAUAUUUUCUUAGCUCUAUUCAAAUCAUAUUAUUUCCUGAUACUAUCACUGCUUUUGGCAGACUUAACAUAGAACAUACUUAAAAAAAAAAAAAGUAAAAUUAUAUCUAUUUUUAAU